AUGCCGACAACGCAUCAACCGGAAUUACCCGGAUCAUCCCCGGAACCAUCCAAUGUAUCCUCCGAUUCAGACGACUCCUCUGAACAUAUAGAGGACGUGAACAUACAAUCCACCCCACAGGAUGUGGAAGCGGAUCUGCCUAUUUCUCCAUCAGAGGAUGUUAAGUCAUAUGGAGACUUUGUUCAACGCCAUGAAGAGAUGUCGUCAAGACAUCAUGUUUGCAGUGGAGCGCAAAUGUCUGCUGUCCCUUUGGUCCAGGUGGCCGUGUGUUUCACCGAGGCUGAGUGGGCCCUGCUGGAUCCGGGCCAGAAAAGUCUGUAUAGGGAAGUCAUGCGGGAGAACUAUGGGAAUGUGGCCUCUCUGGGGGAUGAUCAGUGGAAUGAGGAGGAUGAGGAACUGCAUGCUCUAUCGCCAGAUGAAAUCCAGAAUGAAAACUUGAGGGGAAACUUCAGGAAUCAAGGAAGACCUAUGAGGCAGAAAGGAAGCCACCUGGUCAAGAAGAGGGGAGAACUCAUUCCUUGCCAAGGGGGGGAUUUCCAAGAAGUCGUUCACAUGGUGGCAGAAACAGACAAGGGCUUGGAGUGCAGAAGGAAUGUCUCAGAUCAAACCCAAUGUACUGCCCAUUUACAAAUGUACAGUGGAAAGAAGACUCAUCAAUUCUUGGAGUAUGGAAAUACCAUGAUUCACAGAGGAGAGCUCAGUAGACAUCAAAGAACACGUACUGGAGAAGAAUCUUAUAGGUGUUCAGACUGUGGCAAGAGCUACUCAGAGAAAUCAGACCUUGUUCAGCACCAAAGGAUUCACUCAGGAGAAAAGCCACAUAAAUGCUCAGAGUGUGGCAAGAGAUUCAGUCACAAUGGUAAUUUCCAACAGCAUCUACAAACCCACAAAAAGGAGAAAUCUUUUGAAUGCUCAGAGUGUGGGAAGCGAUUCAGUUGGAGUUGCCGUUUGCAACAGCAUCAAAGAACCCACACAGGAGAGAAGCCCUUUGAAUGUUCCGAGUGUGAGAAGACAUUCAGUCAGAGGGGCAGUCUUCAAGAGCAUCAACGAACCCACACAGGGGAGAAGCCCUUUGAAUGCUCAGAGUGUGGGAAGAGAUUCAGUGUCAGUGGCAAUCUUCUACGGCAUCAACGAACCCACACAGGGGAGAAGCCCUUUGAAUGCUCAGUGUGUGGGAAGACAUUCACUCAGAGGGGUAGUCUUCGACAGCAUCAAAGAACCCACACAGGGGAGAAGCCCUUUGAAUGCUCAGAGUGUGGGAAGAGAUUCAGUCAGAGUGGUCACUUUCGAAAGCAUAAAAGAACCCACACAAUGGAGAAGCCUUUUUAAAGCUCUGUGUGUGCAGAGAGAUUCAGUCAGAGUGGUAC